AUGCCAGGUAAAUCUAAUAAACAAGUAGUUAAAAAAGCUGCUCCAUCACCAGCUAAAAAACAACAACAACCAACCAAACAACAAAAUGUUGCAGUAAAUAAAAAAGCUGCUCCAUCACCAGCUAAAAAACAACAACAACAACAACAAGUCACCAAAAAAUCAAAUACACCAAUUAAAAAUAAUAAACCAUUACCAAAGAAAGCAAAUAAAAAACAAGAAGAAGAAAUAGAUUUUAAUGAUGCUGAUUUAAAGAAACAACUCCAAGAAAUGAUUAAUAGCGGUAAUUUUGACGAUGAGGAUUUUGAUGAAGACGAAGAAGAAGAUGACGAUGAUCAAGACGUUAUGGAUUUCGAUGAUGAUGAAGAUGAGGAAGAGUUUGAAGAAGAAGAAGAAGAAGAAGAAGCCAUCGAAGAUGAAGAAGAAUUAGAGGGUGAUGAAGAUGAAGACGAACAAGAAGAUGACGAUGAAAUCGACGAAGAUGCAGAAAUUGGUGAAUUAGAGGAUCAAUUAGUUGAUGAUCUUUUUGAUGAAAUGAAUGAUCAAGAUGAUGAAGAGGAAGAAGAAGAAGAAGAAGACGAAGAAGAAGAACCACCAAUGCAAAUUCCAACUAAAAAAUUAAGUAAACAAAUUGAAAUGAGUGGAAAAGUAUUCCAAGGUGUUGCCAGAGUUGAAGAUUAUUUAAAACAAGAAGCAGAAAAACCAAAGAAAAGACCAGAAAUGAUUAGAGAACUUAAUCCAGAAGAUGAAUUAGCAGAAACAUCAGAUUUAUCAGCUGAUGAAGAAGAAGACGACGAAGAGGACGAAGAAGAAGAAAAAGAACAACCAAAACCAUUGGUCAAUAAUAAAUACGUUAUAAAUGAUAGAGAAGGUCUUAAUAAUAAAUUAAGAGAAUUAAAAUUAAGCAAUGGUAAAAUUCCAUGGGUUCAUACUUUAGCAGUCACCUCUCAACAAUCACUUGAUCUCGAAGAUGUUCAUGAUGAUUUCAAAAGAGAAAUUGCCUUUUAUAAACAAACCUUACAUAGUGUUACUGAAUGCGAAAAAUUAUGUGCUGAUCAUGGUUUAACAGUCAGAAGAAAACCAGAUUUCUUUGCUGAAAUGAUUAAAAGUGAUGCACAAAUGCUCAAGAUUAAAAGCAAUCUUCAAUCAGAAAAGAAAAGAGUUGAAACAGCCGAAGCUAUUAGAAAGAAGAGAGAAAUCAAGAAAUUCGGUAAACAAGUUCAAACUCAAAAAUUACAAGAAAGACAAAAACAAAAAUCCGAUGCUAUCGAAUCUGUUAAGAAAUGGAGAAAGAAUCGUGAAAAAGGUAAUGUUUCAGAUGAAUUUAAUAUUGAUUUAAUUGAUGAUGUUAAUAACAACAAAAAAGAUAAAAAGAAAGUUGAAAAAUCACAAUUAUCACAAAAAUCAGAUAAAAGAAAGAAGAAAGAUGCCAAAUAUGGUUUUGGUGGUAAAAAGAGAUUCGCAAAAUCAAACGAUAAAAGUUCAACAAAUGAUGUUUCAGGCUUUAGUUUAAAGAGAAAUAACGAAGAUAAAGAUUAUUCAAAAGGUAAAGGUGGUAAAAUGAAUAAAUCAGGUGGUCGUGGUGGUGGUAAAUCUUCAAGACCAGGUAAAUCAAGAAGAUCAUCAAGAAAAUAA